AUUUGGACUAUCGCAAGAGUUUAAAACAAAACUUUGUGACAAGCUAAAUAGUACUAUUGAUGUGGCUAUGGGCUCGGACUCAAACUUAAGUUAGAUAUUGACCAAUGUAAUUAUAAUCUAAAUCAAAACGACAUGUUGGCUUGAUAGUAUGGGCUUUUGAUGGAAAAUACAAGUGAAAAACGACAUGUGGUUUUCAGAUCUAAAGCCCAAGAAAAAGCACCGUUUUGGUAAGCAAGCACCCAAAACGCACGCACAAAGAAUUAAGGAUGACAUCAGACGCAGAAACAGAGAACCCACCCGUUCAAACCACCGCCGAACCACCACAACCGCGGCGGCCCAUCUGCUCAAAGUGCUGUAGACCCAACAGAGUCUGUCUCUGCGAAACACUCCCAGCUCAGCCCAUCCCAACAAAGACCCAUAUAGUAAUCAUCCAACACCCCCACGAGGCUCACCACAAGCUCUCUACUGUACCAGUCCUCAACAAAUGUCUUCUCAACUCAACCACCGUCGUCACCCGCCGCCUCCGCCAAGGCCUCUCUCCUCUCCUCGACCAAUCCCCACCCGCCGUCUAUCUCUUCCCCCCAACCCCUUCCUCACCCGCUGUCACUCUAUCCCAACCCCAACCCCAAAACGACAACGACGAUGGGAAUGCCGUUUUGAUCGUGUUCGAUGCGACGUGGAAGCACGCGAGGGAGAUGGUGAGGGCGAGUGAGGAGUACUUAUCGAGGUUCGCGAGUAGGGUUUGUUUGGAAGGGUACGACGAGAGCGUAGGUGGUCGGAGUAUUUAUGAUUCGGAUUCGGAGUUGAUUCUGAGGAAGGAGCCGUGUGGUGGGUGCGUGAGUACCAUGGAGGCAGUGGCUAGGGCUCUCAGGGUUAUUGAGCCUAAUGGGCUCUACAUUGAGGCCCAAUUGUUGCGGGUUUUGAGGGACAUGGUUAGAUUGCAGGCUCGGUACUUGACUACCAAGCCCAUCAAGCCUAGGCCUAAGCUGGAAAAGAAGAAGAAGGCUAUACAGAUUGAAGAGAACCAGGCGAGUCAGAGUGAGGAGCUGUUGGAUUUCAAGAGCUGACAAAAGUUCUGUUGUUUUGAUUGUAUUGUUUGACUAAAACGAAAUGAGAAAUGUGUGUUGGUUUUAAUUUU